AUGUCCUUGCCACGUGUUGAUAUUGACGUGUUGCACCAGUUGCAGGAAAAGGUGAAAGGUGGUUUUAACGAAGAGAAAUAUGCACCAUACAUUGGGUUUACGUGCCUCAGAAAGCACAUGGAAUCUAAACUUCAAAAGAGGUACAAAGAAGCAGUUCCAGCCACCCUAGCACUGUUAGAGGAGAGAUGCAUGGGGGUUUCAGCGGACCUAUCCAGACUGGAAUCCAAACUGCAAGCAACUGCUGAUGUCGCUCAUCUGAGGAGAUCGGCAAUGUUUCACGCUGCUUCUAUUUGCACGCAUUUGCAUCACCUGCUUGAUGGAGCAGCUGAUCUAGACCCCGAGCUAUGGGGUUUAACUACUGAAGAGGAACAAAAGCAUAGUGGUAUUGUCAGAUGGCCUGGCAUUACCAUAGCACUAGAACCUUCCAACUUCAGUCUCAAGUUGUAUGGCGGUGCUGCUUUUGAAAGAGUAUUGCAUGAGUUCCAUUGUGCGGCGUACUCAAUGAAGUGCCCACCAUUGUCAAGGGAGAAGGUUGCAAACAUACUACUUGCUCGUGCUGAGAGAGGCGGGAGCAGUGGAUUGACUGAGGCAGCAGCUGACAUAGCACGCGCAGCUGCACGAUCAUUUCUUGCUCCUCUUAUCGAUACUGCGUGUGAUAGGCUUGCCUUUGUCCUACAAAAUCUAUUUGAACUUGCAAUGGAGUGUAGUCGGAAUCAUGAUUCGAGAUGUAAGAUUUUCAUUUUGAUAUACUGGGGUCCAUCUUGCUUCUUAUGUUAACAAGGGUACCAUCUUACUGAAGUUGAUUGUAGCCAUCUUUAGCACAGUAAAAAACUAAAAAGUCCUUCGUUUCAAGAAAAUAUAUAUUCAUUCCCUA